UCCGCUCCGGCGCGCACGUGUCACCGCUGCCAGCGAGCCCGACUGAACGUCACAUUCCUGCAUUCCCUCUUUCCUCGUAGUCCGGGACGUCGGAGUCACCGACAGACACCCAGCCCUCUUCCCCCUCCACCGCUGUUGUUUUUUGUGAAGAAACACACCCAUGACACGGCGGAUUUGAUCUCAGGAGGUGAUCCCGGGUUCACCAGGAGUCACAAACUCACGUCGGGUCACUUUCCCUCCCCCUCCUCCCCUCCCACCUAUUGAGGCGCCGUUUGCCAUGGAAAACUCGUCAGUGGCGUCUGCAUCGUCUGAGGCCGGAAGCACACGCUCACAGGAGAUCGAGGAACUGGAGCGCUUCAUCGACAGCUACGUGCUGGAGUACCAAGUGCAGGGGCUGUUGGGAGACAAGGCAGAUGGGGACUUGGACUUGGACAAUGGUGGCAAAGUGCCACAGUGGACAGACGACUGCAACGACAAGAAAGACGGUAGCUGGACGUAUUCGCAGGGGAGAGGCUCAACCAAGCCAGACGAGUGGGAACACAGCAGUAAUGGCAGUACAGGCUCCAGGCCCAGUUCAGGGUCCAGACCAGGUUCUGGCUCACGCUCCGGCAGCAGAGGCAGAAACAAUCAGUUCAAAGCCCCAGCCAUGAAUGGGAACAGAGAUGUCUCCUUCGACAUCCUGGGCACAGACAUAUGGGCUGCCAACACGAUGGACUCACACGGAGGUGCAGGUUGGGACGUGCAGCCAGAAAAACUAGACUUCAGCCAUUUCCACAGGAAACACCUCAGAGGAACGCCAAAGCACCUGCCACAAAUUGACAGAGAGGGGAUGAACAAAAACAAGUUUGAGGAGGAUGACGGCAUAGACAUGAACGAGAUAGAGAGGUUCCUACCCCAUCUGCGUUCUGUUUUCCCACCCCUUCCUAACGAGGCCGAGAUCGCACACACCAAAAAGCUCUUCCGACGCAGGAGGAAUGACCGACGAGCGGUUGAUCAUUUCACCCGAGACCAGUUAACCAUACUUCUGCCCACUGGCCCCGGGGGAAGGCGACAUGUCUCAGCCAGGAGACAGCAGCGGCCUCAGGGAGGAGGAGGAGGAGGAGGAGGAGGAGGAGGAGGAGGAGGAGGAGGAGGAGGAGGAGGGGGGAAGAACCAGCCUCAGCAGAUACAGCAACAAUCGCCGCAGCACCAGAGGGAUCAAACCCAACAGCAGGCUCCCAACCAACAGCAGCAGAAUAUAACAGAACUGGGAGAUAACAGAAACAACAGUGCUGACCGGCCGCCCCGCCUGUACCAAGGAGGACAUGGGCAGCGCCAAGGAGGACCCCCUCACUACGGGUACAGCCAGAACAGGCGCUGGCACCACAAUCAGAAAGGUCAGGGGCACGGACAAACAAACACAACAGGUGACAGAGGAGUAACCCCGAGAACAACCAAAGAGACUGAGAAUGUAAGAGCGGCUGAGGAGCAGUUCAGACCGCCUCAAGACUGCAGCCGUAAGAGUCCCGGUGAAUCACCCAAAUCUGAGUCAACGCCCAUUACGAAUACUUUCCCAGAUUGGCCGGUUAAUAAGGAAUCUCCCAGCCCAGCGGGAAGUGGAAAGGCAAGCGAGGCCCAGUCGGAGCAGCCCAAAGUCAGCCUGCUGCAGUCGUCAAAGGAGAGGCUGAGGAGGAGACUAAAGGACAAGGAGGAGGCUCGUGUGGAGGCGUCGGGCUCUGGGUCACGGAACAUGGACCGGCUGGUGGACCUCCUCAACAGCAUGAGGAGCAACAGCAGCGGCGUGGAGCAGCAGCUGGCCUCUUUCAUGGAGGAGGCCCAGUGCUCGGCACGGUCGGAGGAGUCCCUGACUCAGGUAGUCGGCACAAUCUACGCCAAGGCCAUGUCGGACCGGAGCUUUGCCGCCACGGCCGCCAAGCUCUGCGACAAGAUGGCGCUGUUCAUGGUGGAGGGGACCAAGUUCCGAUCGCUCCUCCUCAACAUGCUGCAGAGGGAUUUCGCCCGUCGAGAGGAGCUCCAGCAGUCAGAUGUGGAGGGUUGGUUGGGUUUCAUCACCUUCUUGUGCGAGGUGUUUGGCACCAUGAGGAGCAGCUCCGGAGAGCCAUUCAGGGUGCUGGUGUGUCCCAUCUACACCUGCCUACGAGAGCUGUUAGAGUCCACAGACAUUAAGGAAGAUGCAGUCCUCUGCUGCUCCAUGGAGUUGCAGAGCGCCGGGCGUCUCCUGGAGGAGCAGCUCCCCGAGAUGAUGACCGAGCUCCUAGCGGCUGUCAGGGACAAGAUGCUUUGUCCGGCCGAAUCUCAGCUGACCCGCUCCCUCCUCAUGGAGGUCAUUGAGCUGCAUGCACACCGCUGGAGCCCCCUGGAGGCUCUCACCACCCAGUACUACAACCGUACCAUCCAGAAGCUCACCACUACUGCCUAGGUGCCAGCUGCCGCCGGAGGAGAGGAGACAUUUUCACUACAAAACAGGAACUUCAUAACAACACCACCCUCUAGCUGAAAUAACUCAAUGCUUGACAUGGUUAUUGAACGCAACUGUACAAUUCACUAACAUCUCCACGAUAGGUGAACACUGCCACAGACAAACCACACACCGGCCACCACAGAGGUGGUCCUUCAACCAUCCAGGCAAAACACCACACGUGGCGUUCAAACAAUAACGAGCGUGUCUGACAGAUUUGAGAGAACGCUGGCAGAGAGAUGGCCAGUAGGGGCGAGCUUGGCCACACGGAGUGUGGGUCCUUGUCUGGUUGUGGCUGCUGCUUAGGGUUAAAGGAGGGAGCAGACAAGAGAGGGGUCACACAGGGGAGAGGAGAGGGCAGCAGCCUGUCUGUAGGGAAUAGAGAGAGGUGGGUCUGUGUCGUCUGUGUCGGUCUCUUCAUUGUGCUCGUUGGCCCCGCCACCCUCUCCUUCCCCCAGUGUCUUUCUCCUUCCCCCACCUCUGUCUCUGCGUCAGCCCCUGGGGUCUGUGGGGCUGAUAAAAGGGAGGAGGAGGCAGGCAGCAGACAGUGCUGUCUGUCUGGGCCGUCUGCCCCCGCCGGGCCAGGGAACCAGGUCAAAGGGUCUCGGUGUGGAGCUCCCAAAGCUCCUCCCCGCCUUUGUCUCCCCAGCUCCCCCUCCACUGCAGGAGGCCUUUUUGUGGGGACGAGACAGCGGGCCUGCUGGGCCGAGGAUAAGGAUCAGGCUGGCCAGAGUAGGGUGGCAGAUGGCUGCUUGAGCCCUUGUGAGACGACACACUCCUAACACACCCCCCUUGGCUCCCCAGCUCCUGCUCCCAGAGCUGGGCCCAGUGUGACCAGCAGAGUGUGUGUGUGGGGGGGUGGGGGGGGGGGGGGGGGUUGUCCAGCAUUAGAAAAGCAUUAAAACAGACACUGCUGUAUGAUCACUCUUGUUUUUGUCCUACAGGGGAAUGUCUCGUCCCCUCCAUUAAGCUGUGCAUGUCCAUGCUUUGUUCACCACAUCAUUGACACAAUUGUUAUAUAUAUUUUUUUUUAUGAUUUAUUGUUUUAUUAUUGUCUUGUUUUUACGAUGAAAUGUACGUAUGAGAUAGCGGUAGGCCUCAUUGCACAGGUUUGAUUUGUUUUUGCACUGUUUGGAGGCAGUUUGCUUUAAAAAGAAAAUUCUAAAUAAGCAAACGUUUGGAUUUUAAUCAGUGCUUGUGGUAUUUGAAUAUGAAAAGUCUCAGUGAGAAAAUAUGGGUUGAGCGUAGUGAGCGAUUUUAGGAUGUUUUAAUGGACUAGUGGCCUUGUCAAUUAACCAUUUUAUAGGCACUUGUUUUGGGGCCUGUAACAGCGAGGGAGCGAGUCAAGGACUUAACAGUUCACAAGAAAAGUGAUGUGACGGACUAAAAAAGAAAAUAAGCAUGGCACACAGAGAAACAGAAGCAAAAUGCUUCUUAAAAUGUUCUCUAACUCGAGCCAUUCUUUGCAGUGGACAUUUUGCAAGUGUUUAAUAUCGACUAUAUUUGAUUGUUUUUUUUGAGGAAGAAACAACAAUUAACCCACGUGUUGGAAAAUGGUGAUGACGAAAAAGAAGAAACUCAUGUUGUAGGACCUCAUUAGCUUCUCUCAUACGUGACCCUUAUUCCAGCUAACGCGUGUAAUAUGAUAUUGACGUACCGAGCCAAUCACGUACCAUUUGUAAAUGGGCUCUAUAUAUAAUCUGCAUACAGUGUAUUUGCAAGUAUUUAAAAACAAGGAAAUAGAGGGGAAUAGUGCAACAGAGGAAGACUGUGGCUGUUAGAUGUCGGCUUUCAGCUCCGUGCAUCUCUACUGGGAACUGAAUCCUCGCUUGGGAGUCACACACAUGCAUACUCAUACCUAGUUUCCCAUUGACCCUCUGUGGGCAAGUGUUUUUAUAUGAUUUUUCUGUCUUGCAUCAAGAAUAAAAGAUCCUGUGUGGUAGGAACACCCCCCAGAGGACUAGUUAGUGGAGAUGGGUGAUUUGAGCUCACAUAUUUUUGGGAGGUUCUGCCUGAUUAUCUGUAAGUGUGUGUUGGCAUAAGAAGUGACUUGUUUUGCUGUCUUUUUUUUGUCCUUAUUUUGUUUCUAGGUUUCUAUUUAAAUUAUAUUUAGCUCAUUUAUAUAUAUAUAUAAUUUUGGUGGGUUUUCAACACAUCUCAAACUGUCGUGAUACCUUGCUUGCUGGCAAGUGUGUAAGUGUGGUAUUACUGUGUUUUACUUUGUGAAAAAGAAAAAAACCCAUCGGCCAGUUUCCAUUAUGCAAAUAGUGGCUCCCUCUCACAGCAGAUGGGUGCAGGUGGGGAUCCCCCCCUCAUCUGUGGCGCUGGAGCCUCCCCCACCCCACGUGCCCUUAGACCCCUCUGCUCGGGUCACAUGACUCACUCGACGAUUGAAUGAGAUGCACCUUCAUUUGCAUAUUCUCAUGAAUAUUGACAAAAAAAAUAAUAUUGAAGGCUCCGGUCGAUGCACAAACAAGUAGAUUGGCGACAGUGGGUCAUCUUGUUUGUUUUGUUUUUCUUAGCAGCUGAAAAAUAAACUAACAGGAAAAAACAUAAGACGUGACGGAA